GUGCAUCCUACGAAAGCAGUAACGCACAUCUGCCACGUAACCUCAAUCCUCCAAAGGCAGCUAUAGUGCCAAUGGAUGAGGAAGGAAAACGUGAAAAAACAUUCCCUAGCUGUGUUUGUUUAUGGUGGUUGACAUGUGAUGGCAAGAACAAUGGGUCGGCUGUUUCGUUUCUCGGGUCCAUUUUCAACAUUGAGCGUUUUCGGGAAGUGUGGCUCUUUAUAACCAACCUACGACGCUGAAAUGAGGCAGCUCACCGCGACGACGAUGCAUGUCUUGUGGGUCCUUGUGGCCACUUGCCUGGUGCGCCAGAGCGGGGCGUUCCUGCCAAGCAACGCCGGCGUUUCGCUACCCGUGACCGACUACACCCUCACGGACAUCACGGCGCAGGGCAUCGUGCGUGCCGUGGCGAGGUACUUCGAAGAUACCAAUCCGGAUCGGUACCGUAAGGGCGAUCUUACGGGACUCAAUCCCUUGACUCCUUCGCGGUUGUUUCAGAGGCACUACGGAGAUUGUGUAUACUCCACCAAAUUUGAACGAGUCAUCAAAGCCAUACUGGACGCGAACAUUCAGAUAUCUAACAAAUACUCGCACAGGGCAGUCUGGCACUUUAACGGAAACCAAAUUGACAAUGGUAACCGCAAGAUGAUGGGCAUCCAGGACACCAUGCUGACCCUCCUUCUGGCGGGAGACGAGAGCACGCCUGACUACGAUGUGGCGCGCCAGUACUGUGGCCAGUUACUGCACAUGGCUCAGAGCUUCUACUCCAACACCAACUGGAUCGAGCUGCACCGAUGGCUUAACGAGGAUCCCGAUGAAAUCUUCACCUCCAGUGAACUAGGUAUACUUGAUCCGCUGUCUUUGCGCCAAAGCCCGGAGAGCGAAGGCAUGUGUCAAAACUGUGCCGGAAACAUUGCACGUCCCGAACUGCAAGAUUGCUCUGACAACCUUCGCCCCUACGUUCACUACCUUACCAGCGGCUACAGAAGCGGGCAGGAUGUGACAAAGCCAGCUGCCGACCCAGAAAGUGAUUGGGGGGCAUGCUCCCAUGGUGGUCUCUACGACACGUCCUGGACCGAGGUCGCAACUGGAGGCAUCAACAAGGAAUCCUCGGAUCCACGGCGAUCUCCGCACUACAGCCUCCACAAACAGGCCGCGCUGACGGCAAUACAAGCCACUGAGGACUUCUUCUACCACCCAGAAACUGGUCUGUACAGGCACAUUGGCGAGCAGAAAUUCCGCAAGCUGCUGAACCUGGACGCAGGCACUUCGCUGACUUUCGUAAUUGACGUUUCGGGAAGUAUGUCCAAUGAUGUCGCCGCCGUGAAAGAGGAGACGAUCCGCCUCGUGGGAGUGCACGCAGAAUCGUGCCUGGCGGCCUCCAAGUACGUCUUCGCACCGUUUAACGAUCCAGAUUACGGACCGGUCUUUGUAACCACUGAUGAUCAGAGAUGUGUGGAGUACAUCAACGCGCUAACUGCCAACGGCGGUGGUGACUGUCCGGAGUUGGCGAACAGUGGCUUGGAACUUGGUGUCCAGAACAGUAUCAAUGGAGCCAAUGUGUACGUGUUCACAGACGCCACCGAUAAGGACAGUGAGAAGGUGCCGGAUGUCCUGGCUCUAAUUGAGCAGAAGGAGGUCCGUGUCAUCUAUCUCUUAACCGGUACUUGCUCCUCCAGACGACGCAAAAGAGCGAUUGAUAAAUCGAGUGUGUCAGCGUCCUUUGUAAGUAUCGCCGCGGCAUCGGGCGGGGAGGUCUACCGGACAGACAAGAGUGGGAUCCGCGAACUGACACGAAUCGUGGAAGGCGAUAUCCGAGCCUCUCAGGUGAAAAUAAUCCAGAGGACUUCAAGGAGACAUAAUGCUUUGGAUGUGGACAUACCCGUCGAUUCCACCAUGAGGGAGCUCCUGGUGUCUGUUGUCGGGUCGCUGUCGAGUAACACCGUGAACAUCAUGAAACCCAAUGGUAUGGAGGGUACCCCGAGCGAGAUGGGGGCAAACGUUUACACCAGUUCGGACGUACAGCUUGUGUUCAGCAUCAACGUUACCGAGCCGAACGCCAAGGGCAACUGGCUGCUAAAACUACGAGGAUUGGAUUUGUCAACGGAGUACAGCGUCAAAGUGUCAGCAAACAGCCAUCUGGAUUUCACCUUCGAUAUUCUGGAAACGGACGCGACAGGCACUGCGUUUCCCAUAGACGGGAAACCAGUUGGGGGAGCUGAGGUGUUGCUCAUGAUCCAAGUGUCAGCUCCGGACGCUGCGUCCUCCGUCAGCGAGAUACGACUGCACAACUCGGCGGGUGACGCAACGCUCCUGACGGCAAGUGCUGAGCCAGUGACCGGUAGAACGGAAGGGUUAUUCACGGCGAGUCUUACUCUUCCCACUGAGCCUUUUUUUGUCAGCAUUGUCGGACGGGACACUCAGGGCAGGGAAUUACUCCGCACCCAGCCGUCUGAGAUCACAGUCGUAAAAUUCAAACUGGAGCAACUUCCCAGCAACAACACUAUAGAGGACCUUGUCCCUGGAGGUUACGGCAAAUUCGGCUUCCGAGUCGCCAACGACGGUCCGGGGGACACGCUGACCAUUUCCGUGUCGGUGCUGAACAGGACGUUGUCAUCAGCCGUCACGGGCUCGUUGGUCACCGCCCAGGUGUCACCGACCAGUAUGGUGCUUGCUACGGGGCAGACCAGGGAGGGACUGGUGACAGUCACCGCUACCCGGGACGUACCUGCUGGCACACCCGUCAAGGUGACACUUUUUGUCACGAGUUCGGUGUCUUCGUCCCGUAAUUUCCUGUUCAUUGAAGCCACGGUGUUUGCAGUACAGGAUGAAGUAGAUGAAAAUCCAGACGAAAACGAUCACAUCGCGCCGACCUGCAGCAUUCUAAGUUCUGGCGGUGGCUGCACGGCGGAUCAGCAGAUGGGACGUGACUGCCAACAGCACACAUGGUGGGUGCGCGCCCGUGCCAUGGACGACGCCAUCGUGACUGAGGUAGCACUGGUCCCUGAGAUCAAGAGCGGUGGUACAGGCAAACAGUCUCUCGUCUAUGAGAACUUUACUGCUGACGAUAUGACCUUCCUGUACAGUGCCAGCUGUUGUUGUCCUAUGGUCCAAUUCACCGUUCGUGAUGGGGCCAACAACAAUGUAUCGUGUGGGAUGGGUCACUACACCGUUCGUGAUGGGGCCAACAACAAUGUAUCGUGUGGGAUGGGUCACUACACCAAGCCGUCUGGACAAAUAGAUGAACCUGUCAGCAACGGACUGAUGCCCAUCCCUCUUGGUCUGAGUACCGGCAUGAUCGGCGCUACGGCUGCGGUCAUCGUUGCGAUGUUGAUCAUAGCGGGCGCCCUCAGGUCUAGAGCCUAGAGGCACUCUCCUACAAGAACCUGCAGCACAAAGUCGUCGAGACGGAAAACGAUUACAGAAUAAAGUUUAAUUUAACCGAAUGCGUAAACAGGAUUCCUACAGAAUUCAGUGUAGUCGGCCUGAUUUGGGAUUGUAAUCGAGUCGAUUACAACUCAGUCACAAUUUGUGUCGUAAGUAACUGGGAAAGCUUAAUUGUCCCUAGCCUUGAAUGACUUGUGAUUGAAUUGAACCGGUUGACAUUUUGAGUUGAUUCGUAUUACACUUUGCAAACUCACCCAAAAACAAACUUCUUCAUAUUGUGAGUAUAAAUUAACAGCUGGUCAAUCAGCAAAAAAUCAUAUGGCAAACUUAGUCGUUCUUAGAAUUUUGAAAGUCUUACGGAAGGCAACUUUGAUGAAUCAUAUCUUUAAACUAGAUUCUAAAGAUACAUGUAGCUCCACAGAGAAUGAUUAGAAAUUUGCCAAAUUGACCACUACGUAUACCGCCUACUAUAUACUGAUCAAAUCACUAGACAUAAUUUUUGUCGUACGGCUAGACUCAUUCGACUCGUUUUAACAGGUAUGAUAAACGAUUGAAGUAUGUUUUUUGCUUGCAAAAAAAGAAGAACUGAUUACCGAGCUGUUCUCUAAAUUAUUGAAAACUGUUUUCGACAUGUUUCUGUAGUUUUCUCCAAAAGGUUUUGCACGUAAACAAACUUCUAUGUUUAAGCUUAGAUUUUGAAACAGGAUUAGACAAUUUUUCUGUGAACUAGAUUAAAGCUAGAGUGCCCAAAUAACUCACACGCAUAUUCGCCAAAGAUGUCUAUUUGAAGGUAAAGGAGUGGAAAAAGUUACAGAUUGUUAAAGGCCCUUUAAUGCAAUAAUUGAAAAUGUACCUUUGAGUCCCAUCUAACCGUAUUUUCACAUUUCAUUUUGCCAUUUUCAAAGGUAUUUUAGUGCCUUUUCGGUUUUUAUGCAAAUGAAGCUUUCCAUCAAUUCAUGAGCAAAUGUAUGAUGUCAUUUUGAAACCUCAAUGUAACA